CGUAGUUACCUUGAAACUUCGAGAGAGGAAAGCAGAAAGCGCACUGGCUGUCGAACUGAAUAUAAUAACUUAUUUAUUUAAGUGAUUUAAGUUUAAAUAUUGUGAUAUAAUAUUAGUGCCAAACAGAAAGAUGGACGACGAUCAACAGUUCUGUCUACGAUGGAAUAAUCAUCAGUCAACUUUGGUUGCUGUAUUCGACACAUUAUUAGAAAAUGGAACGCUAGUAGACUGCACAUUGGCUGCCGAGGGCAAAUUUUUAAAUGCUCACAAAGUCGUCCUUUCAGCUUGUAGCCCAUAUUUUGAAACGUUGCUUUCUCAGAACUAUGACAAACAUCCGAUAUUUAUACUUAAAGACGUGAAAUUUCAAGAGUUAAAAGCUAUGAUGGAUUACAUGUACAGGGGUGAGGUCAACAUAUCACAAGACCAGUUAGGUGCGCUAUUAAAGGCAGCAGAAUCGCUGCAAAUUAAAGGCCUUUCUGACAACAGAAAGGGCGAAUCUGAGACGAAAAAGACUGUAGUGCCUCCUCCUGCAAAAAGUCCCACGCCACAAACGUCCACAAUACCGAAAGUACAAGGCCUGACGAUAGAACAACGUAAAUCGAGGGACUUUGACGACACACGAGAGGGCUCACAAUCACCGGGCCCCCGAAAACGCAAAAGAAUCCGUCGUAAAAGUACAGACGACUUAGAUAAUCAUCAGGAUGCCUCAAAUUCGUCAGAAUCUCAUAGUAGUCAAGCACCACCUGUCCAAAACAUUCCAUCGUCAUUACCCGCAGCUUCAACAAUUGCCAAUGUGCCUGAACCCAUAGAAACCAAAUCGGAAAUAUUAACGAGGCAUAAAACGUCCGUCGCCAGUAACGAGUCAGAUCUCUCUCAAGUUCCUAUUAUUAAAGAAAAGAUAGAAACGCAUUCUGAAAUAAUGCUAGAACCAAAGUCUGAGUAUGUAGAAGAAAUGAAUGAAGAGGAGAGCAUAGAGGAUCUGACACUGGAUGACGAUGACCUAAGUAAUAUGGAAUUGAGUGGGAAUCAGGGCGCUGGUCCUAGUCACGGGAAUGCCGGCGAGGGAUCGAGUCAAGGUUUUGGGAAUUGGCAUAUGGGUAAUCAAAAUCAAGAUGAAGUAUUUUUGGCGGCACAAGAAGCUGUUGGCGCACAUAGGGACUCGCAAGAAAACAGGGCAGUUCGUAGACCGAUCUUGACGAUUCGACCGUACACUUGCAGACAAUGUGGAAUGACGUUCAAAAAGAAAACCCAUCUGCGCUUCCAUAUGUUCAAAAAAUGCGGUGUCACUCCGCAGUAUAAGUGUCCCAUGUGCCAGAAGAUGUACAAGAGUUAUUACUACUUGAAGCAUCAUCUCGUAAAAUAUUGCCAGUUUAGCAGAUAAAUCAUAUAUAACUCGCCAUACCAUUUACGCUUAUGAUAUUAAUAUUAUAUUAUUAUUGUGCUAGGGCUAUAAGAAAGGUACGUAGCCAGAAAAGGUUUUGUAAUAGGAUUCCAAAUACCAUCGUGAUUCAGGAUGAAAUACACGAACUUCCUCUGCCCUUUAUAUCUCAAAGGGUAUCCUACUAUUCUAUCCCUUUCAUAGCGUUUUGUGGUCUUCUAAUUUUUGUAUAUUUUCAUCAUCUUCCCAAACCACCGUAUCUUAAACGCUUCCAACCCUUUUUUCUAUUCUAAAUACAAUUCACUCCCCUUUUAACCUUUUUAUCUUGAGUUAAAGCAAGUAAUUGAGAUCCUUGAAAAUUUGUGGAAUAUCUUGUUAAACCCGAAGCGUUCAGAAUAAACCAGUUAAAAAGCAAAAGUUGAGGAUGAAUUGUCGUUCUUCAUCGAUCUUAACAUUUGGACCCUUUGACUGCGUGCCUAUAUAUAGAAAUAUUUAUAGAAUUGAUGUAUAAUUUAAUCAAUUACGUUUGUAUGUGUGCGUUCAGAAAAUAUUGUUUUUGGUACAUUUGCGGUUUUAAUUGUUUUUUUGAGCUCUGAUAAUUCGAAGUAGGUAAUAAAUAGGUGAGUAGCAAUAACAACAAUUCUGUUGAUUCUGAUUCUAUAUUGAUCUCAUUGUCAAACAAAAAUGCCAAUCUUUAAAAUAUGUUCAGUUCCAAAGAAAAAGUAUUUGUUUUAUCAUCCAAAGUAAGGUUUCUGUUUAUUAAUAAAUAAUGAAUAAAAAAAGUCAGUGUUCGCCUACGUAUAAAUAAUAAUAAGAAAUAGUUAAAAAGCACUUAUUAUUCUAUUGUGUGCUACUAGUUUAGGUGUGCAAAUUAACGCAUUACCUACAUGUAAGGCUUGUAGAAAAUAUUACAGCUAGUACUAGAAUUAAAUCUCCAAAAGACUUUUUUAUCAUAUGACUUUAUCUACUUAUUUUUUACUCUUUUAUUACGUUAGAAUAUAGGAUCAUUUAAUUACGAUAUGAUUGUAAUUCUUGUUGUAUACACAAACAUAUAUAUAUAUCAAUUAAUGUAUUCCCAAUUAUUGAUCAAAUAUAUACACUUAUAUACUCUUUU